UGCUCGGGUUCGAGUGCGGCUUGGGGGUGGACUGCUGACGGCCAGCGACGCGGCGGCCAGCUCGGUGCCACGCCCCAGCCGGUGCUGCGGGAGCCCCAGCCAUGCUGUUCUGGCACACGCAGCCCGAACACUACAACCAGCACAACUCUGGCAGCUACCUGCGGGAUGUGCUGGCUCUGCCCAUCUUCAAGCAGGAGGAACCACAGCUAUCCCCUGAAAAUGGGGCCCGCCUGCCGCCCCUACAGUACGUGCUGUGUGCCGCCACCUCUCCAGCUGUGAAGUUACAUGAAGAGACCUUGACAUACCUCAACCAAGGUCAGUCAUAUGAAAUCCGGCUACUGGAGAACCGGAAGCUAGGGGACUUCCAAGAUCUGAACACGAAGUAUGUGAAGAGUAUCAUCCGUGUAGUUUUCCAUGACCGUAGACUGCAGUACACAGAGCACCAGCAGCUGGAAGGCUGGCGGUGGAGCAGGCCUGGGGACCGGAUCCUGGACAUUGAUAUUCCACUGUCUGUUGGUAUCUUGGACCCCAGGGCCAGCCCAACCCAACUGAAUGCCGUGGAGUUUCUGUGGGAUCCAGCAAAAAGAGCAUCCGCAUUCAUUCAGGUGCACUGUAUCAGCACAGAAUUCACCCCCAGGAAGCAUGGGGGUGAGAAAGGAGUGCCUUUUCGGGUGCAGAUUGACACAUUUAAGCAGAACGAGAAUGGGGAAUACACGGAGCACCUACACUCCGCCAGCUGCCAGAUCAAGGUGUUCAAGCCAAAGGGAGCUGACCGGAAACAGAAAACCGACCGGGAGAAGAUGGAGAAAAGAACAGUUCAGGAGAAGGAGAAAUAUCAGCCAUCCUAUGAAACCACCAUCCUCACUGAGUGCUCUCCAUGGCCCGACGUCGCCUACCAGGUGAACAGUGCUCCAUCCCCAAGCUACAAUGGCUCUCCCAACAGCUUUGGCCUCGGUGAAGGCAACAGCUCACCUACCCACCCAGUGGAGCCCUUACCCCUGGGCAGUGAUCAUCUGCUCCCCUCAGCCUCUAUCCAGGAUGCCCAGCAGUGGCUGUACCGCAACCGCUUCUCACAGUUCUGCCGGCUCUUCGCCAGCUUCUCAGGUGCUGACCUGCUGAAAAUGUCCAGAGACGAUCUGGUCCAGGUCUGUGGCCCUGCAGAUGGGAUUCGGCUGUUCAAUGCCAUCAAAGGCAGGAAUGUGAGGCCAAAGAUGACCAUCUAUGUCUGCCAGGAGCUGGAGCAGAACCAAGUACUCUUGCCCCAGAAGCAGGAUGGCAGUGGAGACAAUAGCCUGUGUGUUUACCACGCCAUCUUCCUGGAAGAGCUGACCACCUUGGAGCUGAUAGAGAAGAUCGCCAGUCUGUACAGCAUCCCCCCGCAGCACAUUCACCGGGUUUAUCGGCAGGGCCCCACUGGCAUCCAUGUGGUGGUGAGCAAUGAGAUGGUUCAGAAUUUCGAAGACGAGUCUUGUUUUAUCCUCAGCACAUUAAAAGCAGAGAGCAAUGACGGCUACCACAUCAUCCUCAAGUGUGGACUCUGAGCAGCCGAGACCUGCGCCUGUCCCCACCCCACGCAUCCCCGGCUGUGGAAGUCGCACCCACUGUCGGCCGCUGUUUCACCUAAGCUCAGACUAGGAGGGACUCUGCCCAGACCAGGAAAGCCAGCGACAGCCAUGGACACACAGUCUGGCCUGCAGAAAGCCGGCGGUUCCCUUCUCUCUUCUCUUGGCUUUCAGCUUUUCAACAGUUCCCUGUUCUGUCUCCCGGGCAGACAGUGAGGACGUACAUCUCUUAAACCCCGAGCCUGUGGUCGGAGGCUCCUUAGUUGGUCCCCUCCUGACUACUCUUUGCCUCACCCUGUUCUGCACCUCCUUCUUGGGCCACUGGCUUCAUGGCUAGCUCUGCCAGCCUGACGGGGACACCUACAGCUCUCCUCUAGUACUCACUUCCCUUCUCAUGGACCUGGUGGCAGCCUCUCUCCUGUUCUUGGAUGAAUUACUAGGACUGGGGCUAUUUAUUUUGUGCCUUCCGCCUCUCCCUCAGUUGCCUUGAUUCUAAGGAGCUGCCACAUUCAAGCCUAGAGGUGUGUGCACGUCUGCUUUGACAUGGUUGAUGCCACACUACGCCGGUGUGACCUCGUGGUCAUUGUAUUAGUUAUUUUUCUGUAGUGUAAUAAGGUAACCCGAUAAAAGCAACUAAGUGCAGACAGGGCUUGUCUGGGCUUCUAGAGUUGAAGAGUGAUAGAUUCUAUUAUGGUGAGGAAGGUGUAGUGUGGAAAGCUGGUUGAAUUCAUUUUGAUAUACAUAGGAUGCAGAGAGAGAAUGCACAUGAACAGGAAGUGGUACAAGCUUACAAGCCCUCAGUGACCAUCCCCAGUGAUAAACGUCCCCCAGCAAGACUGCAUCUUCUAAAGGUCCCAUAACCUCCAUAGACAGUACCACCAGCUGGGACAACACGUUCAAAUACACUAGCCUAUGGGAUACAUUUUUCAUUCAAACCACACAUUUUGCCCCUGUGUGACCUCUCACAGCUGCUAAUUAGGGUGGCAAUGGACUGGAAAAUGGCGUGGAACUUCCUCGCCAGGGAAGAGGGAUGAAAACAAAAAGAUUCCUCUUGGCCUACUGCAGUGUAAUCUCAAUGAGUAAAGAGUACUGAAGAGGUGAGGAUUGCAUUGGAUCCAGUGGCCUUGACCAUCAAUUUAGAGCUUUAGGUUGGGGUAUGGCUCAGCAAACCCCUUGCCUGGCAAGUGUGAGGUACUGGGUACCAUCCCGGUACGGCAGCAGGAGGAAUUUAUGGAAUUCCCUCUUUGAGACAACUUUGGUUAGCCAAGCUGUUUGCCAAGUCUCCUCGGGGAAGUGUGUUCUCUGCAGUGCCCUCAUUUAAGAGUCAGUCUUUCCCAGUUGUAGAUGUACUUUGUCUUGUUGGUAUGGUUGAAUCACCUUUUGUUUUGUUUGGUUUUGUUUUUUGGUUUUUCGAGACAGAGUUUCUCUGUGUAGUUUUGGAGCCUGUCCUGGAUCUCGCUCUGUAGACCAGGCUGGCCUCGAACUCACAGAGAUCCACCUGACCCUGGCUCUGCCUCCUGAGUGCUGGGAUUAAAGUGCUAGGAUUAAAGGCAUGCGCCACUGCCGCCCACCUGAGUCACCUUUUUUAACUAGGGGGAAAUUUGAGGAUCAGUAGCUGUGGUAGACCCAAGAAUUCAUCUUCAUUUUGCCAGGGAUCUGUGCUGGCCCAAGGCUUCAACUCCUUCCUAAUCCAAGUUCCCCCAAAACAUGGUGAGCCCUCUGAUCACCAGAGCUUUUGUGGGGUAUUCUUCUAGGCUUAAAGAUCAUCAGGCUUUGGUAAACAUUAUUUUACAGGCAGAGAAACUGUUCUUACAGAGAGGCUGGGCUCUCAGUUCCUUGUCUUCUGGGAGUGUGUGGGUGGGACUGACAGCUUUAUUCAGAUGUUGGUGCUGUGAAUAUAUUGGCACAGACUUUCGUGUGAACAGGGUUUCAUUUGGGGAAUGUGCCUGGGAGUAGAGUGGAUAGCUCUUAAAAUAACUUCACCUCUUUGAGGAACUGCCCUGUGUUUCCCACAUAGCUACUGCACCUGUUUAUGGCCCCACCAGCAAUGGAGGACGGUUCUAGUUUCUCUGCUUCCUCACCAACAUUUGCUGUGAUCUCUCUCUCUCCUUCCCAUCCUCCCUCCCUCUUUCCCUCCCUUCCUCCCUCCCUCCUUCCCUCCCUUCCUCCCUCCCUCCUUCCCUCCCUUCCUCCCUCCCUCCUCCCUUCCAUGUUGUCCAGUCUGUCUUCAAAGUCGCUAGGUAGAAGAGGAUGAUGGAACUUCUGGUCCUCUACCUGUCUUCUGAGUGCUAAGAACACAGAGAAGUACCUCCACUCUAGUUUCUGCCCUGCUAGGACGGAAGCCAGGGCUUUGUGCUCCUCCGCUUGUGUUGAUCGGUCUUUUGUGCCACAGUGUCCUGCGGUGUCCUGCAUUUCUCUGAUGGCCAGUGAUGUUCAACGGUCCUGUCACGUGUUGAUUGGCCAUUUGUAUGUCUUUGGGGAAGUGUCUGUUCAGGUCCUCUGCCCCUUUUUAAACUGUGCUAUAUCUUUUCAUCGAGUUGUCCAAGUUGUUGGUAAAUUCUAGGUGAAGUCCUCUACCAGUUUUUCUCCAUUUUGUAGAUUGUCUUCACCCUCUUAAUGGUGCCCCUUGAUGUGUACAAGUUGAACCUGGUUGAGCUUGGUGGCACGCACCAGCACUCCCAGUACGCAGAAGGCUGAGGCUCCCAAGUCGAAGGGCAGCCCAGCCUACAUAGUGAGACCCUGUCUCAAAAACUACCAUUAUUAUUACUUUCAUUUGGGUGAUGACUGGGUUACCUACUUCUCCUGCUGUGCUUUUGAUGUGGAUUCUAAGAAACCAUGACCUAAUGCAAGCUCAGGAAAAUCAAUGUCUGUUUUCGCCUAAGAAUUUGUGAAGUUUUAGUUGUUACAAUGUUCUCUGCUCCAGUUGAAGUUGGUUUUACAUGUAUGGUGUGUAGAGGGGGGUCCAAUUCCAUCCUUUUGCAUGUGAGUGUCUGCUUUUUUACCCCUAAUUACUGAAAGGCCUGGCCUUUGCCGUGACUAGUCACUUUUGCUGGAAGCCUUUGAUGCCUGGAUCUCUCUGGGAUGGAAUUGUAGUUGCUGCUGAUCUCUUGUUUCUUCCCCCUUCUCAGUCUGCAUUUGGGUCUGCUGAUCUUACAUCACCUCCCCACUCUGCCCCUGCAUUCUCUCUUUCAUCCUGUUGGCAGGACUGGGUGGCACUCCUCUGUUGUGCCAUCUUUUCUGGUACAUGACCUACCACUUCCUAGUUCUAGAGGAAGAUCAUGCCCAAGCAUUUCCAUAUUUGCAUUGAGAGGCAACUGAGUCACUUAGAGGAAUUUGCUCAGGGUCAGUCACUGGAAGGAACAGAACUAGGUUUUGGGCCUCUGACUUUUAGCCCAUCGGGUAUCUGUGGCCACUGUCCCCAAGUGAUGGCUCUACAUGGGCCAUGUGAGCAGAGACUAAACUUUAAUUCUGAGGAAUGAGCAUGUUGAUACCUUUCUUUCUCAGUUCCAAAUCGAGAGCAAAAGAUGGCAUGCCUUAGAAGGGGCAGAUGGCAUGGGAAGUCCCAAGUCUUGCCUUGGGGUCUGUAUUAGUUAUUUUUUCCCCAUUGUUGUGACAAAAUGUUGUGAUAAAAAGGCAACAGAAAGGAGGACAGGUUUUCUGGCUCAUGGUCUUGGGGCUGUGGCCCAUCAUGGCAGGGAAGGUAUCGGCAGGCGUGAGGCAGCUGCUCACACGGCAUCCACGUCAGGAAGCAGAGAGAGAUGGAUGCUGGGGCUCCUCUCACCCUGUCCUUUUUGUUCAGGGCAAAACUCCAGCCCAUGAAACUUGAAGGUGGGUCUUCCCACCUCAAAUAGCUAAUCUAGAAACUUCUUCACACACUUACCUGGAAAGGGAGAGACCAUGACCAAGAAGAUGGUUUUCCCAGGGGAGACUGCCUCUUUGCACUCUGGAUGUGCUGGUUUCUGAUUUUCCCCCAAACACAGGAAACUUGACUGCAUAAUUUUUCUUGCUCUUGCUGAGUAAAUGAAAAGAAUAGAAAUGAAAACCUCUCACAGACAUACCCGAAGGUUUGACUCCAUGGUGAUACUAAAUCCCACCGAGUCGACAAUCAAGACUAAUCAUCUUGGGGGUCUAGAAAAAGGUCAGACAUUGCCCUAGUGACCUCUCACCCAGUCUGCCUGGAGCCUCUUGAGCAGAGCUAUUAACCUAGAGCGAUCUUUACAGGGAAAAAGCUGGAACCCACAAGCACGUCACCAGUUCCUAAGUCCAGUGUUGCUUCAGGGGCUGGCCCAAGCCGCUGAAGUUCAGAAAAUCAUUAACACGUCAGUGGGAGAAGUAGAAAGGCUCUUUAGCUGCUGUCAGUGGAAAGUUGGGGUUGGUGGGGGCGUGGGGAGUUGAACGUGGGCACUCUUAGGUACACUGGGGGGGGGGUGCAGGAGCAAGAGUCAAGGGUCCCAGGCUGCAUCAUGAGUGACUGUGUCCCUUUAACGCGAGCUGAGCAGUAUAUCCACUUGGUAGAGUGUCUGUCCCUAGGUUUGCACCCCAGCACCACCCCCAAAAUGAAGUAAGCAUUGACUUGGAGACCUCGGAACCUGGUAAUGGCAGUCAGGAGGUGAAGCUGAGCCAUGGCAAGGCUUUGCCAUUGUUUCCCAGUCAUCAAAGUCAGGUGGUAGAUAGGUGACCCUUGCUCGUCCUGGGCAUGCCCAGUGCCCCCAGGGCUGCGGCUGCUCACCAAGCCCCAGGCCUUCCUGCCAUCUGCAGCUAGAUGUUUGUGUGUCGGUGUGGACCUCUCAGUGGCACGCUGCUGCCACCCAUGCCAGUCUGUCUGCUUGGCCAGUAUGGAAAGUUCAUACAUGUUCUCUUCUCCCCUUAAAGACAGGACCACCAGGCUGAGAACCAGUGAGAUCCUGGGAAGCACCCUGGCUUCCUGUCCAAGGCCAGCUCCAACUGUAAGCUCUCCAAACCCCACUAGGCGUAUAGAGGUUCUGCUGAGGUCCCCUCUAGGCGUUCCUGUCAACCCAUGGUAAAGUAAUCACAGACGCUAGCCUGGACCAUCAGGCUGUUCUUAGGGCUAGAGUGGUAAGGUCUGUGUUCCCUUCCUUCCAGGGAGCCACCCCGCACUCCACGCUACAUGUUCGCAAACGGGAACUGAAUCCUAUGCUGUAAGUCUGGUUUUGCCAUCAGUCGGAUAAUAGAGAACAUUGUCUUCAAACCUACUUUAGGAAAUGAUAGCCCUGCAUCAACAAUUAUACUAAAUUGCUAUAUUUUGAAUUGCUUAUGUUAAAUCAUGCAGGACUGGGGUGUGGCUCAACGCCAGAGCGCUUGCCAGCCAUGAUCGAGGCCCCGGGUUUGAUCCCUAGGACCAUAAACCAUACAUUGUGGAGAGCUGGAUGUGGUGGUGCGAACCUGUAACACCGACCCUGGUGGUGAUGCUGGGGCUGGGUUUGAGGGCAGUUCUGGGCUAUUUAAAAAAAAAAAAUGGAAUUUUGUUUUCUCUCGUGCCAACAUAAUUUUACCUCUUGGCCCUUAAGUACUGAAAUAUUUACUCCCUAGCUUCUCCCUUUUGUAUUUUUAAUGUGUUGUAUUUUAUUUUGUAGCGAUAGGGAACAAAGCUAGAACCCGGGGCCUCACACAUUUGAGGCAGGUGUUCUUCCACCACGCUAGCCCCUAGCUCCUCAGAUUGAGCCCAGAACCCAGAGAUCCUCAAGCAUGCAAGGCCAACGCCCUGCUGCUGAGCUGCACACCCGCCCUCAGUUGCCUUCUCCUUCCGAUUGUUUAGAGGCAGUCUCAGGUGUGACGGACUGUCUUAAAUAACAAAUGCAUUUUGCAUAAACUUAGAAGAGGAUGUAUUUAGAGAAGAAGUCUGGAAUGCUCCUUGCCUUCUGGGUAUCUCACUUCUGGAAAGUUCUGGUCCUCACUUGGCUCCCACGGACUCUGCCCAGCCUCUCCAUGGGAGUACAGAGGUCUCUUCCUCAAAUGCCCCCUGCUACUUGGAGCCCUGCUCGGCCUUUGUCAUGGUCCCCUGGCCAGGGUUUGAUAGAAGAAAGAACUUUGGUGCGGUAUUCAUGGGCUGCCGAGCUGUAGGGGGUGGCGGUGGCCUGAGCUGCUCACUGGAACCUGUCCUGGAAGGGAUAGGCUGAUUUUGGCUGGUACCCUGACUAAAGCCCUGUUAGCACCGCACCCCAGGAGUCUUCAGACCCUUCCCAUGUAUGCAGGGCUGUGAGUGCCCGGGCAGCUUCCUGCCUUCCUUGGACCCAUGUUUCUAGGUCAGUUCUGGCAGGGCAGCGUUGUGUCCUGCAGGGAUGCCCAUCUCCCAUGGCUUGUCUGUCACUCGUAGACCCCUCACAGGCAGCAGGCACUCAUAACUGCCUCCCCUGGGUUCCACUUUGACAAACUUCAUUGAGUUUUUCCCCAGCCUUCUGCCCGGGCUUCUAGCUGGGGAAACCAUUGAAAAGUUAGGACAGACCAGGGUCCUUACAGACAGCAGGUUGAACAUCCUGUUUCCCAAAUCCAAAAUUCUACACCAGGCCUUGUGAGACAGGUCACAUUCAAAACAUGGAUACACUACAAACAAAAUUACCCUCGGGCCAUGUGUACAGCAUAUGCAGAAGCACGAGUGGGUUUUGUAUUUAGAUGUAAGUCCCAUUCCCAAGAUAAACAUAUUAUGUAUGUAUCAGUAGCUCAAGAUCUGAACCCACCCCUGAUCUAGGGUUUGAUCUGGGAUGUGAAACCUGCAUGGACUGAGCCAGGAUGAGUGUCUGGUAUCCAGUCCUGGUGCCAUCCAGGCCCAUCUGUUAGGUCUGUGGACAAGCUCACUUCCCAUGUAGCUGUCCUGAAGCUUUGUCCCUGGGCUGGCAGUGCUGCUGGGGAGAGCUUUGUGGGGCUGGAGUAUUAAACACAAGCAUAGGGGGACUGUUUCAUGCCCUGACCUGUCUUCUGGGUUAUUUACUGUGUUCUUUUAUGUCCAUGCUUUAAAGUGAUUAUUUCCUGAGGUGUCCCUUCUUCCUCUACAUCAGGUGAUUAUUUUCUAAAGGUGGUGGGGGAUUUGGGGGGGGGUCCAGAUUGGUCAAAUGUGUGUGAUAGGUCAUGGGGAGGUGGCCAUGGAAACUCCAAGUUGUCAUAAUACCAUGUUUUUGUACCUGAAAUAAAGCAUAUUUUGCACUUGUAAAUGAGAAAUCUGUAUGUGGGCUCUGUGCUGGGUCAGAAUGCAAAUAAAACCAUUUGUACUAAA